UAAGGCUGGACACUAGACACACACAGAAUCUGUCUUUCUCCAGACCUCAGCCUCAUACAUUCACACACUCGCAUAUAUAACACACACACACACAUACAUACACACCGACACACACACUCACGCGUGGCACAGGGAUGUCUCUGCGCUGAGACACAUGAGGAGAUUCUACAUUGCUCUGACAAUAAGAAAGCAUUUAUCCUUCCAGCAGAAGCAUGCCCAUCCUUAAGAAUCUCCCAGCUCGGCUGAAGGGAGGCAGGUUGUCCGUAGAAUUAGAGAGCACCGGUGAGCUGAUCUUGCGCAAGAUGAGCCUCAACCACAACCCAUUUGAGGAGCCCGGCUCUGACGAUGAUUGGGCCAAAUCUAAUGAGGGCUCGUUACUCGAUGGCGGUGCGCCCCGCGACCGUAACCCUUUUGAGGAUGAAGAGGAUGAGAACGAGGCCAAUGAGGAGCGACGGGGCGGCUCGGUAAAAAGCGGCUCCAUCAAGGGAACCCUGGAACUUAUCCGUGGUGUGUCCCCACUCAAGACCCUUGGGAAACUAGGCAAGGGACUGCGCAUGUCAGGGAGAAGCAAGGGCAGUGUCACCCCAUCUCCACAGGGCUCCCUUGGCAUGCCUUCUCCCAUGCUAAAGAAGAAGAAGAAGGGCAGGCGGAGCUCCGAGGGGAGUCUGCUGCGAUAUGCAGGGAAGUGCAAAGAAAGGAAGGAGAGCCUUCCAAAUGGCGAGCUGUGUUCUGAGGGCGACAAUGACUCCACCAGCCGCCGGCUCUCUUUUAUGAAGUUCAGGACCAAACCAAAGAAGGAGUCUACAACAGACUACUCAUCGCAGGGACCGGAGGAGGAACCUGUGCAGGAGGUGCCAGAGGUCAAACCCAGAGAGCCACUCUCAGUGCUUGAGAUCCUGCAGCUGGUUACCAAACGGGACCUGUUUCUAGCAGACACACAUAUCCUGGAGCUUGAACAGGAGUGUAAAGAGGACCUGCCAACAUCUGAGGAGGUGUCCAGUCCUGGGAGCAAGGACAGCGGACGGCGCAAGGCCAAAGAUGUGGAGCUGCUGUACGAGGCCCUGCAGAAGGAGCUGUGGCAGGUGGUCCACGAAUCCCUGCGCUCAUCCACAGCCGGACCCAAUCUGGGCCUAGUCGUCCAGGUUCUUCAGCAAGAGGAGCAGACCGACCGUGAAUGGGGCCAGAGCGAGAGCGCCACUCCGGGUGGGCCACGCCCCAGGCAGCUCAAACGACGCUGGAAGGAGGCGGUGGGCGAGACGGCUGACCAGAACCUGCCCAAACGGGAGGAGGCAAUGCCAGGGCAGCUGGCUGCCUACCUGGACCAGGUGAGAAGCCGCAUGGUGGAGGAUCUAAACUGCGCCAAGAGGAACGUGGUACCAAUCUAUCCCGAGGAAUAUGGUGCUUUCCAGGUGUAUGCACAGAGCUAUCACCAGGCUGUAGCCCGUCGUCUACAGGCCAUUACUGACUCGCAGCUCCAGGUCAGCGACAUCUACUCUCUGCUUGACUGGCUCUACAACAUCUACAACAGGGAUGUCCUUGGAACAGUCAGCAUAACAUCACCCAUCAACCACUCCCAGCUCGGCCCGCUGUUGCCCGCGGAGACAGUGGACAAACUGGAGCUGGACUGCCUCAACUCUGUCAGGGCAAAGGUAACUAAUGAGCUGUCACAGGUGUUGGAUGAGGAGGAGAAGCGCUGGAUAGAAACAUUGCAGAAGGAAGAGUACCAAAUCAGCCUGGCCCACACAGUCAUCAAGAGUCUGCAGGAGGAUCUGGAGAGGUCAGCGGCUAUAAAUCGAGAUCUCGGGGCACGAGUUGCUCAUUGCAGUCUGAAUGGGUUGGCUGACUUCCUGUACAGCUUUCAGAGAAAAGUGGAGCUGUUUCAUGAAGGUCUGAUGAACCAGGCAGGGGAAAACGAAGAUGGCUAUGUGUCUAAGACGAUUGCCUUGGUCAACUGCUGCCCACCUUUCAGGAACUUUGUUGAGCGCUGUGCACAGUGUGAUCCAGCUAACAGUGAGGAUUCUGCACGCAGAGCCAACACCUCUCUGGAUAGAAUAGUCAACUUGACCGUGAGGGUGUUGAGUGACAGACUAUUUGAGCAUAUCAGGCCUUUCUUUGACAAACUGGUGAAGAGAAAGUGGCUGAGUAACACGGAGGCCUAUGAGCAAAUCGAGUCUGACAUCAAAGAACAUUUCAAGAAGUUCUGCAGAAUGGACAACCCACCUUACCAGGGUCUGGUAAGUGAGAUUCAUCGGAGGGUGAUGAUGGAGUAUAUCCGCGCCAUCAUGAGGGGGAGGAUCAUCUGUACUUCGCUCAAAAUGAGAAAACGAAUGGCUGGCCGUCUCCGCGACGAGGGCAAUCAGCUCAAAACGCUUUUCAAAGAACUGGAAUCUUCUUCCUCGUGGCUAGAUAGCGCCAUUCCACACAUAUCGGAGAUCAUCCUUCUUGAGGACACGCCUUCCAUCCAAAUGGAAGUUGGUGUUCUGGUGCGAGAAUUCCCAGACGUACGGAAGAAACAUAUAUCUGCCAUCCUGAACAUCCGAGGGAUGACCCGACAGAUGGAAAGACAGGAGAUUCUAAACAUCGUAAAAGACAUCGAGAACAGUGACGGUCUUACACGUUUGUCCCGUGACCGUGCUCUCUUUGCCGAAAUACCGGUUACGUCUGAGGUGCACUGCCUGAACGUAGGCUUCAGUCGCAUUGCUCUCACCGCGUCGUCCUGCUUCUCCAGUUUUCGACCACGUCGCAAGAGAACCCCAACCAGGGAGAUCCAAGAUGACAUGCUGUAACAGGACACCAAGAGAUCAAGAGACCCUCUAGGAAAGAAUUCACUGAGGUCUUUAGCGAAUGUGCAGUACAGACAUCAAAAUGGCAUACCACUUGAAUGAUUGAAACUAUGGAAACCAUGGUGAUUGCCACUAUUUUUCGCAUGCCAAGUGCAUCAUGUGAAUAUCCAGCUUUGUUUGUUUUCUUUGUUCCCAGUAUAGGCCUGGUCAGGCAGUGCAUAAAGUGGCAUCAAAGCAAAAGAGGCCAAUCACCAUAGGAACAUAAGGAAAACUUGCAUGAAUAUGUAUUUUUGCUGGCAUAAACGUAGGAGAACAUAUGAAAGAACUUUGCAGGAACACAAAGUCCUAGCAGAUACAAAAAGACAGUUGGGUUCCUAGCAACCCUGUCUAAGAACACUUCUCAGUUUAAUUAUUGAGAGCCAUAAGAAAGUGUAAUGUUUCAUACAACAUCAACAGAAAACUUUAUUCCAAUGUAUAAAUCUGGUUUUAUUGGAGGUUUUUUUUUCAGAGUAAUCUUCUUGGGAGUCUGCACAUGCUUACAAAUGUCAGUACCACUCUUUAAAGUAUACCUGUAGCUAAUUUGUUUUAAGUCCCUGGCGUUCUUCAAUUGAUGCAAAGUCCCUUCCUUUCAUUACAUAUAAGCUCUGGCCUGACAGAGAAGAACACGUACUCUCAAUUGUUUCAGAGUAAACCUGACCAAAGCUUGCACCAAUGCAUGGACCAUCUGUUUGACUGUCAACAAUGCUACAGCAUACAAGGUCCUCUCUAUACAUUAAGACACUGUCAAUUCAAUAGUAUUAACGUUACUCAGAGUCAAAUAAACACUUACAGAGUACACAUGGUCCCACUGUGGUGAGUGCAGCACCACGCCCCACUUGGCUACACACAUGUACUUAUAUAAUGAUUUUAUCAGUAAAAGCAUUCCAGCAUACCGCUGUAAUCAUUUGCCCGAGAGGCCUAUCAGAAAGCCACUUCCUAUAAUUCCUAUAUAAGCACAGCAGUAGAUGGGAAGGUGUGUAUACACUUACAAGAAGAUUACUUUAAAGGUGAUCACUGAACAAAUUUAAAAGUGAAAGUAAACUGAAAGUAACUUUUUUAUUGACUUAAGCCUCAGACUUUUUUCAGACUUCAAAAUAAGAACUACUGAUUAGAGCACUGUUCUGUUCUGAAAAACAUUAAUUCUAUGUCUGAAAUAAUGUCUCAUCACUCACACACUCUUGUUGACAUUGAAAAGAGCGUGAGAGUCUGUUUGUAUGUGUGUGUGUGUGUGUG